AUGUAUGAAGACCUAGGGCCGGCACCGGGUGGAGACGCGAAUGCCCCACCGCCCCCACCAGCAGCAGCCGCUGCGGCUCCUCCUCCCCCGCCUCCUGCUGCGGCUCCUGCCCCUGCUGCUGACGCCCCCGCCGCGCCUAGCCAAGCCGGUGCUGCGCCUGAGGGAGGAGGUGGCGGUGAAGGUGACAAGACGACGGCGACCACGGUGGCCGAGGAUCCGCCGUCGAAGAAGAAGGCAAAAGCCCAGACCUCGUUGAUGGGCGAACCGACGAUGAUGGGCGGUAUCCCGCAGCCGAAGAAGAAGACCGGAUUGCCUGGCUGGGUGGCCCCGUUGUUUUGCGUGCCGUUGGGGCUUGCCGGAUUGGGGCUGGUAAGAACGACCACAUCGGCAUCCCUAUCACGGCUCGAAUCCUCGAAUCUCACCAUCGUCUUCGGCAAACCCCUACUAUACCCACUUGCGCUAUUCGAA